AUUGAUCAACUGUAAUAAGAUGUACAUUUUUAUACAAGGAGCCAAGAGGGACUUAGAGUUGCAUCUUCAUCUCUCUCUUUCAUGCUCAGGUGAGUUGAUCAUCAAGAUGAAAAUAGGAGAGGGGACAGAGAAGAAGUUAUCUUCUAUGGUCACCUCUCCUUGUGAUCCACUGGGCGAUGAGUUAUUGCAAGGUCAGUGGUCCAGGGAAGAGACGGAUCACAAGGGUAUUGAAAAGGGAUUAGAUUUAUAUGGAAGCAUGGAUGAGAGUGAAUUUAUAGACAGUAUGGAUAUGGGAGGGGAGUGGAUUGGGAAGGUUAGUCAACUGCAAAAUACGAGUGAAACUUGUGAUAAAUUAUUUGUAUCAGCAAAUUCUUGUGAAUCUGCAGAAUAUAAGAGUAGUGAACUAGUUGGGAAAGAAAUUGAAAGCUUUGGGACUAGUGGUGGUUCAUUGGAAAUCAUAUCUAUGGGAAUUGAUGAUGGUUUGGAGUUGCUUAGAGAUUUUAAAACCAUGGGAGGGAGUUUGGAAGGAUCAGGCUUGCAAUCUGGUGUAGAAAUCGGUGGAGGUGAGUUUGUAAGAUGUUCCGAUGAAUGUGAGACGUCAUCAAAAUAUGAGCAUUCAGAUGGCGAGGACUCAAUGUUUGGAGGAAGCACUAAUGAUGAGGAGAACAUUAAUUCUUAUUAUGGAAGAGAGGUACAACGUUCUCUUGAAGAAAAUGGCAAGGAUGAAAAUAAGUUGGUUAUGGGUUCGGCAAUAGCCUUUGGUUCGGAUGAUUGGGACGAUUUCAUGCAGGAAAAUGGAGAAUUUACUCUCUCUUCAAUGGGGCAUGAAGAACUUCAGCCUGAAAACCAGCCUACUACUAGAAGUGAAAAUGAAUGUUUGAAUAUUGCUACAACUGGUGUUAUUGAGUAUUCUAGUGUAGGUUUAGCAAUGCCUAAAGAAGAGGACCUUUCAAGUAAUCACGACCAAGGUGGUGAUAAUUUAAUCAACUACCUUACUACCUGUUCUGUGGACCCAUUGAGUCUUUUGAACCAUGGAAAACCUGAUCAUGUUGAAGAUGAGAACGCCAUGCUUAUUACAAACACCCAAAUUCAACAGAUAAAUGAAUCGGCAAAGUUCCUUGAGCAGUCUUGUGCUUUCAAAUUGUUUAAUCAGGACAGAAGUCCCCAAACACAAAUAGGUGAAGUUCCUAUCAAAGAGGAUCUAAAAAUUGAAGGCGGUGAAGGUGCCUAUGAUGAGAAAUUAAUUCUUAUCCAUGAUGAUCUUGUUUCCGGAGAAGUGGAGCUAAAACACAGUAGCUUAUUAUUGGACCCUUUAUCUCAUCCUGAUCAAAACGAUUAUCAUUCAUCUACAGAACCUUCCAAAGAUGUAAAGUUAGAACUAUCUGCAGACCAAAGUUCAUCUACAUCAUUAGCAUCAGUGACUAAUGAUAAUACAAAUGCUAAAAGUACCUCCCUUUCAGUUGGUUGCUCUGAAUAUCAUCUUGCAUCUAAGACACAGAAUCUUGAGUUAAAUGAAUUAUAUGAUGAGCUUGUUCAUGAUAUGGAAGAGAUAUUACUUGAAUCUGGUGAAUCUCUUGGAUUCAGUUUUGGUAACAAGAUUUAUCAAUCAUAUAUACCACUUCCUUCAAGAGAUGGUGGUUCUACUGCUUCUACUUCUGGUACUGAUGAUGCUUAUGCUGCAAUCCAAAACCCUCUGAAAUUUGACAGGGUGGAGGUCAUUGAUACAAUACAGAAGAUAGGGGAUGUUUCACUUAGUGAGAGAUUAGUUGGAGUAAGAGAAUAUACUGCAUACAGGAUAAGAGUGUGGAAUGGCAAAGAUAAUUGGGAGGUUGAAAAACGGUAUCGUGAAUUUUCUGCUCUCUAUUGGCGGUUGAAAAAGUUAUUCGCAGAUCAGGGAAGGAUUCUUCCUCCUGUCUGGUCCUCUGUUGAACAAGAGUCACGGAAGGUUUUCAGAAGUGCUUCUCCAAAAGUUGUUGCUGAUCGAAGUGUUCUUAUUCAAGAGUGUUUAAAUUCCCUUCUCCAGUCAAGGUUUCCUACAGGUGCCCUCAAUGUUGUAGUGUGUUUCUUAUCUCUGUCUAAGGAUCUUCCAGAUUCUCCAACUUAUGAUACAAAUGCACUUCAGUCUCCGUCUACUUUAAGAAGCAGAAUCAGAGGGAAUGUUUCCAGCUUGGGGAAGACUAUUUCCCUCAUUGUUAAUAAACGACCUUAUAAAUCGAAUAAACAGUUACUAGAUGAACAACAUUAUUCUUGUGCUGGUUGCUACAAAAAUUUUGACGAUGGGAAGACUCGAAUACAGGAAUUUGCGCAGACUAUGGGGUGGGGAAAACCUCGUUUCUGUGAAUAUAGUGGUCAGCUGUACUGCUCUUCAUGCCAUACAAAUGAUAUGGCUGUCUUGCCUGCAAGGAUUCUGCAUCUUUGGGACUUUAAUCAAUACCCAGUUUCUCAGAUGGCUAAAUCUUAUCUGGACUCUAUCCAUGAUCAGCCAAUGCUUUGUGUCAGUGCAGUUAAUCCUUUUCUGUUCUCAAAGGUCCCAGCUCUGCAGCAUGUCACAAAUAUCAGAAAAAGGAUAGGAACUAUGCUUCCAUUUGUUCGCUGCUCCUUCCAAAGAUCCAUCUACAGGGGAGUUGGAUCUAGAAGAUAUCUUCUUGAAAGCAAUGACUUUUUUUCUCUUAGGGAUCUCAUAGAUCUAUCCAAAGGAGUCUUUGCAGCUUUACCAGUUAUGGUCGAGACUAUAUCAAGAAAAAUUCUGGAGCAUAUAGCUGAGCAGUGCCUUAUAUGUUGUGAUGUGGGUAUACCCUGCAAUGCUCGGCAAGCCUGUGAUGACCCCUCUUCUCUCAUUUUCCCUUUCCAGGAAGAAGAAAUUGAAAGAUGCAAGUCUUGUCAAUCAGUUUUUCACAAGCAUUGCUUUAGGAGGACAUCAAGUUGCCCUUGUGGUACUCAAUUUAAACCGGAGCUAGAGGGAAAUACAAGUAGGGGCAACCAGAGUGAGAGCAGUGUGGGGAAUCUCUCCUUGGCCUUGCCAGGAAAGAAGGCAGACCUCAGUAAGGGGCUUUUUUCUAGAGUAUUCUCGAAGGUAAGAUCACUGAAGUCUAUCGAGGGUGGAGAACAGCGGCCUGAAGAUAAGAGUACUGCUAUUGUAAUGGGCUCAUUGCCUCUGACCAACCUCUGAAUACCUGUACAUAUAUUCGUCCUUGUAUUUUGCGUUGCAAGAAAAUCAUGUGAAUUGAAGCUUGUGCUUUAGCUAAGACCUGUAAGAAUUGCCUAUUCUUUCUCUGUUUGUGUCUCUCCAUCUUAUUUGGUCCUUUUGUAUUUUCCUUCAUUUGACUUGUAUUCUUUUGUAACAAUUUUCAGAAACAUGGGUGAUUUUUUCUUCUCUCCAUGAUCAUUUUCUUCUAUUAUAGCCAAAACUUCUGAUCUAA